UGAGGAAUCAAAUGUAAUUUCCUGAUCAAAAUCACCACCAAAAUGUUGGAUUAUGAUCAAAAUCCCCUUCGGAUAUGAGUUUUCUCAAAGAAUUAAUCGACAGUUUCAGCUCAAUUUUUUCUGAUCCUGUUUCAUCAUCGAACACCUCAAAUCAAAACCCUAGUUCAUCCAACAAUUUUCAUAAUCUACCAACCAUGGAAGGGGUGGAGAAUGAACGGGCUGCAUAUAAGCUCAAAGGUUACUUUGAUCUUGCAAAAGAAGAGAUUGAUAAAGCGGUUAGGGCAGAAGAGUGGGGUUUAAUCGACGAUGGUAUCUUACAUUACCAAAACGCUCAGCGUAUAUUAGGCGAAGCCAUUGCUACACCUGUACCUUCGUAUAUCAGCUCCAGAGAGCAAGAGAAGGUGAAAUCUUAUCGCCAAAAGAUAUCAAAAUGGCAAGGUCAAGUUUCUGAGAGACUACAGACUUUAAACCAUCGAUCAGGUGGCACGUCAAUAAACAAGACAACAUCACCUCGGUUACAAACUACAGCAGUCUCUUCAUCAAUAUCUAAUGCUACAAAAGUGGUGUCACAAAAGUCUUCUGGUCCCAGUCUACGUGGUGUUGUGACACGGACUCAGAGUAGCAAAGCAAUGAACUCGAAGCCUGUUCAAGAUUCUAAUGGUGGUCUUGAUCCAAAGUUGAUUGAGAUGAUAAAUUCUGUUAUCGUGGACAGAAGUCCAUCCGUUAAAUGGGAAGAUAUUGCUGGCCUUGAAAAAGCUAAACAAGCUUUGCUGGAAAUGGUAAUCCUGCCAACGAAAAGAAAAGACCUAUUUACUGGCCUCCGUAGACCAGCUAAAGGCUUGCUUCUCUUUGGUCCACCAGGCACCGGUAAGACCAUGCUUGCGAAGGCAGUUGCUUCGGAAUCAGAAGCAACCUUUUUCAACAUCUCUGCUUCCUCUUUAACAUCAAAGUGGGUGGGAGAGGGCGAAAAACUUGUUCGGACCCUUUUCGCAGUUGCUGUUUCUCGACAACCCUCUGUGAUAUUCAUGGAUGAAAUUGAUAGUGUUAUGUCAGCAAGAACGGUUAAUGAGCAUGAUGCAAGCAGAAGAUUGAAGUCGGAGUUCCUUGUUCAGUUUGAUGGGGUAGCCUCAAAGUCGGAUGAUCUAGUAAUUGUUAUUGGUGCAACUAAUAAACCACAAGAAUUGGACGAUGCUGUCCUUAGGAGAUUGGUGAAAAGAAUAUACAUCCCCUUGCCGGAUGCAAAUGUUCGGAGAGAUCUCCUGAAGCACAAGCUCAAGGGUCAAGCAUUUUCUUUGCCGAGUGGGGAUCUCGAAAGACUAGUGAAAGACACUGAGGGAUAUUCUGGGAGUGAUCUGCAAGCUUUGUGUGAGGAAGCAGCGAUGAUGCCUAUAAGAGAGCUUGGUUCGAACAUUCUCACCGUCAAGGCUGAUCAGUUACGACGGUUAAAAUACGGAGAUUUCCAGAAAGCGAUGACCGUGAUUCGACCAAGCCUUCUAAAAAGCAAAUGGGAAGAGCUUGAACAGUGGAACAGAGAGUUCGGCUCUAACUAAUUCCACCAUCAAAAAAUAACAGAGGGUAAAAAAAUCACGUUUUCGGCUACAGGAAACAAGAUCGGCCCCAAAAUUAAACAGCUAUACCGUAUAAGGGUUGGAUUCGACAAAUCCGGAUGAAAGUACAACUUUUACUACAUGAGGUACAAGUCACAGCAUAUGCUCCGGAAAGGUACAAAUUACAACUUUCACUGCAUAAGGUACGAGUGUUUAUAGCAUCAUCGUUCUAGAAUUUAUGGAACGGGAUUUCGUCAAAUAUUGUAAUGACUUGUAUGUUAUUCAUCGAUGAAUGUAUGGUCAAUCUUUGAAACAUAUGGCUGCUUAACCUUUGAUGAUAUUUGGAA